AUGUCUUUCUUUCCCCAGCCUUCUUUUUCAUUUUCUUUCCUUAUCACUAUGACUAUCUCUCGACAACACAUUUACUUCUUCAAUAUAAAUAAAGCGCAAUUCCUUAUUUAUUCUUUCGUUCGUUCCUUCAUUCCGAACAAGUUUUUCCAGUUCUUCCUCUUCCAUUUUUGUCUUUCAUUUUCUCAUAUAUCGUUAAUUUACAUCUUUCUUUCAUUCUUUCUUUCUUUCUUUCUUUCUUUCAUUCUUUCUUUCUUCUACCAUUGUUCUAUCACCUGCUCUUUUGUUCUUCCUAUUCUUUCUUUCUUUCUUUCUUUCUUUCUUUCUUAUGCCACUCUUCUACAACCUGCUCUUUCGUUCUUCCCAUGUCACGUCACUAUUCAGUAUACCAUUCUUUAUUUAUUUAUUUAUUUAUUUAUUUAUUUCUCAUACCACUGGUUUGUCUCCCACAGUUUCUUUCUUUCUUUCUUUCUUUCUUUCUUUCUUUCUUUCUUUCUUUCUUUCUUUUCUACCACUGGUUUUUUCUUUUGUUUCUCUUCCAUUCUUUCUUUCUUUCUGAAGAUUUUUCUUUACCACAGUUCCUCUCUUCCAUUCUUUCUUUUUUCUUUCUUUUUCCUUUCUUUUCUUUUCUUUUUUCUUUUAUUCACUGAUUUGUCUUCCACAGUUUUUUAUUUUUUUUUUCUUUUUCCUUCUUUCUUUAUUGUGCUACUAUUCAAUAUUACAUUUUUACUUUCUUUUUUCUUUCUUUCCACCUCAGGUCACUAUUCCAUAUUCCAUUCUUUCUUUCUUUCUUUCUUUCUUUCUUUCUUUGUCUAA